UUAGUUUCCUGCGCGUGGGCGAUCUGCUAGCACGCGCCACGUACGCUCCCAAACGCACGCACGGACUUACGAACACACGGGCACACAGACGCUCACACACACACGGGGUCUGCAAUCACGUGUCUCUGCUUGUGUCCGUAUUUGGUUAUUUACAAGUGUCAGUGUUGUGUCAGAGGCGGCGUGUGCUGGGAGAGGAGCGGUGAGAGAGACACACGCCUUACUACACGCCUGCACGUGACUCGCGCCCCUCUCUCCUCUCCCACGCUCCCAAACACGUCAAGUACAGUGAGAGGAGCUACUGAUGGUGAAAUGAUGCAGUGAGACAGUGAGAUAGUGAGAAAGUGGUGAUUUCAUACAUUCAUAUCUGUCUCUACCUGUCCUCCAUUUACCUUCCUCGUUUUCAUUCAGUCUUUUACUCCUUCCUCUCCUUCCUGCUGUUAUCUCUUCCAUCUCUCUCGAUUUCUAUACCUCCUCUACCUCACUCUCCAUUCCUUUCCCUCCAUCUUUCCUAAUAUAGUCUCUACUCAAUCUCUCCCUCCCUCCCUUCCUUCCGAAGACCUACAGUGUCCUUCCUCCAUCCUUCCUCCCUCCUACCUUCCUUCCUUACCUCCUCUCAGCCACCAACUUUUCCUCUAUUCUUUUGAAUCACGUACUUUUCCUUCAUUUGAAAAUCUUUUAUCCUUCCUUUCCUUCCCUUCAUCUAUCAACCUCUUUAUUUCCUCCUUCAUCCUCUCCCUUCCUCUUCUUUCCUUCAAAAUCCUUACUUUUCAAUUUUUUCCCACUGUUUAUUAUCCGCUCCUCUUAAUUUUAAAAGCACUCCACUCCUCCAUCCAUCCACUCCCUCCAUCUCUUCACAAAUACUAUAUUCUCUCCAUCUAUUGAACAGUGAAGUUUCUCCGUCAAUCCUUAUUCUGAAAACUUAUUCUAUAUACCAGUUCAUUAUUUUAACCUAUCUAAACAUAAUUAUCUUUCAUUUUUAUGUCCUACGUAUAGUAUUUCCCUAUCAUAUCCUACAAAUUCUUUUCUUUAUACCAAUUCCUUGCUUUAUUCUAACCUUAAUUCUUUCUUUAUAUCUCUAUUAUAUUCUCCUUUCCUUUCCUUCUUUCCUUCAAAUCCCACCUUUUUAUUCCUUCAUCAUAUCCUUCACCUUUCUUUCACUCCUUUAAAUCCUACAUCUCAGAUCCCUUUGCAUCCUUCUCUUUCCUAUCCUGACGAAGGCGCAGAAGUCACCAUGGCCAGAAGGAACGUCAUGAAAAUAUCCUUCAUAGCAUCCUUUCUCGUCCUUUUAUCCUUCGCUGCACCAGGGAAAGCCGUGUGCUACUUCAACCUCGAGUACCAAGGUGUUUACGUGACCCAGAGCAUCAUCAGCGUGGGGUCCGAGAUCAACUAUCUACAGGUCGUGAUAAGAGAGGACUCCAUUCCCAUCUGGGGCCAGUGUCACAGGAGACUUGGCGGCGGAGGCACUGGUGGCGGCAACGUGAUUCUGUAUGAUAGCACGGGCGGCACAGCUUGUAUUCGCUGCUUCCACUUGGAGUUUCGAUCUCGUCACAUCCUUGAGGUGCACAACGAGGGGCUCAACAAGUGCUACACGACUGAGGAGGCGGCGCUGCACACCUGCCCAACCAAGGCGCACAUCAAGGAGAGGAAAACCAGGGAGAUAAUGCUGUACAAGACAGGCACGCUAGAAGGGGAGACACUGGAUGCUGUAUACUGCCCUCUCAAUGGCCGGUACAAGUUCACCUACAACAUCAAUGACGGGAGAGAGAGCGCUAUGGAGUGCCCACAGCCAACCUCGAGCAUCGCCAACUGUCCUACCGGAAACUCCUUCGCUGUUCAGUUCCACAGAUGCACUUUUGCGGAUUUCAGUAAGAGGUAUGAGUGUCUCGGGGACUGGGAGGGAAGUGAUGGGCAGAGGUAUUUGGCCCUACACGACCCAGCAGCAGUCGCCACCCCCGCAGACGCCGCCACGACUACUGACGACCCACCCCAGGCCAGAUUCCGAUGCGCUAUGUACAAAGUGGAUGAGAGUGGUGUGGUGUACCUCACUCUCUCCUCAGACUCCACGUGUAUCAACAAACUCCACUCAGCCUGGGAGGGAUUUGAAACUCUCGUCCUCACGCCCAUUCCACAAGACGACCCAGCGCCUGAGGUGUCUGCGGCGCGGUGCAGCUUUCCCCCGUGGGCUCAGGGGCGCUGGGAGAACCUACACGUGGAAGGCAACAAGGCCACCUACACAGACCUCAAGGCGUACAAAACUGUGACGCUGUAUUGCUUGGAGCAGGAGUUGGCGGGCCUUGUUCCUGUGUACACCCAGACCCAGUGUGGGGAGGAAGGGUUCACGUGUCUGGCCAUGCAGGAAAGAAGCUCAAAUGUGAUGGAAUUCCAGAUCAGUCCUGAUGCUCACGACACGUACCAAGCUGGGAUAUGCUCCUCGCCCGCUUCCCUUACUUGGGACUCGUGGGUGACUCAAGGCCGGGUGGACAGGUUCCGGCAGUCCCCGUGCCCAGUGGCAGGGGAAUACACGGGCGUCAUUCCAGACAACUCAAUGCUCUGCGCCAAGCUUUACUCAGACUGCAACAACCCGGAGAUCAUGUUUUAUACCGUGUUCUUCUGCAGCAACCGUUCUGAUGUGAUAGAGGAGCGGGAGUACCGGUGCCUGGGCCAGUGGGUGGAGGGGGACGUCACCUAUACCUACACAGAGAGGCGAGACCAGGCAACGUACGAGUGUUUUGCUGGCGAAGUGGUGGACGAUGAUGAGAUCUUUAUCAUGGAAGCCGGGGUGAACUGCCAGCGAGGCCUCGAAGCGCUGAGUUAUGGCAUGAAACUAGUGAAGCAAGCACCAUGCUUGAACGAUCCUGGCCUUGGGGGAAGAGCCAAACCCCAGCCCGCCCCACGGCCCCCCUGGUGGACCACUACACGCUACCCCUCGGGGAAGAAGGCAAACACACCCACACCCACGGGCUCAGGGAAGGAGGGCGAUGGAGGAGGAGCAAGCGGGGUGACACCUACUAAUUUCCUUCCUUUGUUCUUAAUCUUCGUUACUCUUCAUUGGUGUUGGGUGUAGUGUGUGUGCGUGUGUGUGUAGGUAGGUAGGUAGGUAGGUACUGGAAUUCACUUUGACUAGGUUAUGUUUGUGUAGUGCAUAUGUGCGUGUGUGUGUGUGUGUGUGUGUGUGUGUGUGUGUCUAGGUAGGUAGGUACAGAAACUCACUAUGACCAGGUGAGCCAGUGAAGGAAAACAAAACAACCACAUUAUUAAAAUCUUGCACCAAAAUUGUAAUAUAUUAGCGAUAAGCAGCGUAACUGACUGUCCCUCUUCAUGACUCAAGCUUUACCUAACUAAUGGCUUGUUUUCCUCAUCCUUCUUCCUCACGUUACUGGCUGCUACCUGUGUGAUGGAUACGCCUUGCUCUUCCUUCAAUAUGGAAUAAACAAGGAAUAAUAAACAGCAAUAAUUAAACCACCAGGCUACACAUACCAUCCACUUAAUAAUCUUGUAUUGUGUAGGUAGGGCAAGGCUUAUUAGAACAUCAAGUAGGGGAAGCUGCAAGAAGCCAUCAGUCCUACACGUGGCAGUCCUUGUAACGUAACUCUUACUCAGGUUGGCUCUAAGUAACGUAAGAAGUAAGAAUGAGGAAAGACCGAGUCAUCAGUUAGUCUACGUGAGAUAAGGUAUAAAAGUAUUUAGCUUUCUUCAAGGUGAUCAAUUGUAAACACUCGAGACUUUUUUGUAAACCUUCAGUAAACUCAACACGUAAGGAAUUUAUUAACAAAAAAUGUGUAGAGUCUGCCGUUUUACCAGAGAAAAUAUUAGAUCUAGUGACACGGUAUGCCCACAGCUUACACCUGUCCCCACCCACUUCCUCCCAAUGGGCUUUGAACAGUAUGUUAAGCUAAAUUGUGAGGAACGCAUGUGAUGUGAGGUGUAAUGAAUGAAGAGACUGGGCCACGCUUUACCAUACCGAGAAGAAACCCGAAGAACAAUGAUUCCCUUUUGAAAUACUGAGAUGCUGUAAGUGACAUGAGGUGAAGUAAGUGCAGAGUUGAGGAGACUGAGAAGAAACCAUACGAACAAUGAUCCUCUUUUGAAAUAGUGAGAUGUAGUGAGUGACGUGAGGUGAAGCUAGUGCUGAAAAAAAGAGAAGCCUGGCCGAGAAGAAACUACACGAACAAUUCUGUGAUGAGAUACUGAAACCAUUAGCACUUCACGACAUUACAUACAAAAUGCAGCAAGUGUUUAGUCACCUCAACCUCCCUGAAUUACUGGGCGAGACUCCCUAUCAGGCUGUCAUUCGUGCAUCAGUCUUCAUGUACUCUAUCAAUUCCGUUAACUACAAGAAAACAGCUGCUAUGCUUGAUCUCUGGGACGCGUUUAUAUACUAAGGCACUGCUUGAAGCUUUCACUGUUAUGAUCUUGUAUAUAAUUUGUGUACAUAUUUGUAAAUACUUUUAUGAUAUUUGUUUGACAUGAAUAAAGAACAUGGCUUGUA